GAUCGUCGUCGACGGACGUCUGCGAGUAGGGCCUAACCCCACACUCGUGUUCGAUAAGGUCUUCGUCGGCGGCUCUAGUCAUGGGACUUUGAAAAGCUACGAGUUGACGUGUCUCGGUUAAAGCAUUGGAAAUUCCAAGGAACUUUCUAGAAUGAACAAAGAAUAUUCUUUUUGAAUGUUGUCAAAGUCAUUGUAAGCAAUGAUACAAACAAGACUUCUCGCAUCUGUGGGUGACAUUUCUUAGCUAUUAAAACAUUUGUAUGUCUUUUUAUAUUAAAUUCAACGAUUAUUUAUUUGCAUUUUGGCAUUGAGAAAUGCCAGCGCCAUCCCCGACCCUCUCUAGCUUGCCAGAAAUACCUAUGUGUGAGAAAACGGAAGUUAAUGAUACCGAUUCUCUGCCCCCUUGGGCCAAAAUCACACUUACAUCUGCAGAAGCUGAAAUCGAAAAGCUGAUCUCACGAAAUGAGUUGAAAGACGCAGAGGUAACUUACUUCUGUCAAGUAGAACCAAUUCUUCAAGAUGGGCCACAGUGUGGUUUAGUGGCGCUUUCCAUGGCAUCGCAAGAAUACACAAAACCAGUUUCUGUGAAUCAACUUCUCGCUGAAGCUCGUGUUCGAGGGUUUACACAGCAUGGAGAAGUAUACAGUGUCGAUUUCAUGGGGACAUUGGCUGCGGAAUAUUUACCUGAUCAUAAACCAGAUAUUUUAGUAGAUUUACAACAGUGUCCAGACACGUUAACUCAUGCUUUAGCACAUGGAGCAAUGGUGCUAAUACCAUAUGAUUCUGACUUCAAUCAUGCUCCAUGUUUAAAAAAAGGUCAUAAAGCGCAUUGGGCAUUGCUUGUGGGUCUAAUCUCUUCCAGGUAUAAUUUAUAG